CGUUCUCACUGCGUUCCAACGCAGAGAUUUGUUCCGCCCGCGCUCUUCAUCAGUGCGAUUCCCUUGAACCUCUUUGCCUUCUUCUGUUGGUUCCGAGAUCUCUCUCUCUCUCUGUGUGCUCUCUCUCUCUCUCUCUCUGCUCUCUCUUUCUACCGGAGCGAAGUGCAUUGUCGAUGUAAUCAGAGAUGCUUUCAGUGUCAGAUUGAUUCUUCCGUACCGGAGAAAAGCCUGGAAUGCAGUUGAAGUCGCUGGAUGUUCUUUGGGAGCCCUUUCAAGGAAUUUGAAGGGUUCAGGUUGGUACAAAAAAUCAAGGGAUUAAAGCCCUAAGGGAGGCUUCUGAACCUUUGGGCUGGCAUAGUGGUUUCUGCAAAAUGGACGGGAAAUCCUCUGGUGAAGAGAGUGACAAUAUUGAUUGGGAUACUGAGGAUGAGCUAGAAAUUCAGAACUAUGGCUUAUCUUCUUGCCCAAGUUUGACAAAUCUGGAUGGCAAAGCUGUUGUCAAGGCGAGCUCAUCAACAGCAGUUCCUUGCUCCAAUUUGAUUAAUCAUUUUGUAGGAAUGGGUUUUUCCCAGAAAAUGGUAGCAAAAGCUAUCGAGGAGAAUGGUGAAGGCAAUACAGAAUCCAUACUGGAAACUCUGCUUACGUACUCGGCUAUUGAAAGCUCUCCUCAGCAGCCACAGCCUAUUGAUUUUGAUUACUGCUCUCUGGAAGAUGACGAGAACUUCCAUUGUGAUCUUUCUGAUUCAGUUAGUUGGUCUGAAGAUGAGGAAUGUACAGAUUCUUUGUCUGAUAAAGAGAAGACAUUAUUGUCCUUGGCAAAUAUGGGGUACACAGUUGAAGAGGCUUCGGUAGCUUUGGAUAGAUGUGGUCCAGAUGCCGCAAUAGCUGAACUAACUGAUUUUUUAUGUGCUGCUCAAAUUGCAAAGGCAUCAGAUGCCUAUUCACAAGAACUACCCGAUGAGCAUAAGCCAACACCAAAGCUAAUUUAUGCCGAUGGAAGUAAACACAGGAAGAGGAAAUUUAUUAAGAGUGAGCUACAGAAGAUCAAAAGGCAAAGGAGUUAUGAAAAGAGGAUAAUGAGUGAAGAUGACGAGACAAUUCAUCUUCCCAAUCCAAUGAUUGGCUAUGGAGUCCCUUCAGAAGUGUGCCCAAUAGUUCAUAGAAGCCUUCCAGAGGCAGCUAUUGGACCUCCUUUUUUCUAUUAUGAGAAUGUGGCCCUAGCUCCCAAGGGAGUUUGGGACACUAUUAAACGGUUCUUAUACGAUGUUGAACCAGAGUUUGUUGAUUCAAAAUAUUUCUGUGCUGCUGCAAGGAAAAGAGGCUAUGUCCACAAUCUUCCUAUUCAAAACAGAUUUCCUCUCCUUCCACUUCCUGCAAGCACCAUACAUGAAGCAUUGCCACUGACAAGGAAAUGGUGGCCUGCAUGGGAUGAAAGAACAAAGUUGAAUUGCUUACAGACUGUUAUUGGAAGUGCAAAACUAACAGAGAGGAUCCGCAAGGCUCUUGAGGACUGGGAUGGUGAGCCACCUUUGCAUGUGCAAAAGUAUGUACUUGAGCAGUGUCGAAAAUGGAAUUUAGUUUGGGUAGGGAGGAACAAGGUUGCACCCCUUGAGCCUGAUGAAUUUGAAAUGCUCUUGGGGUUCCCGAGGAACCAUACAAGAGGAGGUGGUAUAAGUAGGACUGACAGAUAUAAAUCACUUGGUAACUCAUUCCAGGUUGACACAGUUGCCUAUCAUCUGUCUGUCUUAAAGGACUUAUUCCCAGGAGGCAUCAACCUUUUAUCUCUGUUCUCUGGCAUAGGUGGUGCUGAAGUUGCCCUUCAUCGGCUUGGUAUCCCCCUUAAGAAUGCUGUAUCAGUCGAAAUUUCAGAAGUGAAUAGAAAUAUUGUCAGGAGCUGGUGGGAGCAGACGAACCAGAAAGGCAACCUUAUUGACUUUGCUGAUGUGCAAGAAUUAAAUGGUGACCGCCUGGAACAACUCAUGAACUCUUUUGGUGGCUUUGAUCUUGUCAUUGGUGGGAGCCCAUGUAACAACCUUGCAGGCAGCAACCGGGUCAGUCGGAAUGGGCUGGAGGGUGAGCAAUCUUCACUGUUUUUUCAUUACCAUAGGAUUUUAGAGCUUGUCAAGUGUAUAAUGGGGAAACAAGGAUAAUAAUAUUUGGAAGGGCCAUUUUUGCCUGAAAUCUUUUCUGAUUCCAAAACCAAAAUCCCUGUUCCAUUUGUUCAAAUGAAUUGCUAAAUGAUCAUUUUAUGGUCAAAUGCAACAGUACUGCUGCCCCGAGGGCUCUUUUGAAUGUUAUUCUAAGUUGCCGCAUUCUCUUUAUUGCUAGAUUUUGGCAUGAAAGCUGUUUCUUAUUCUGUUGCUUACACCAGUCAGGUGAUUGGCAUAUAAUCACAUUUGUUCGCAA